AUGCAGCUCUUCGCGUUCCUUUCCAUGCUUCUCUUCUCGCUUCAGGUUCUCGCUGCGCCCUCGGCACACUUGCACCACCACCACCACCACCACCACUCGCAUCGCCGUCAUGUACACAAACAUUCUGGCCAUGUCCACGCCGACGUCCCCGCCGGGUUGCUCCCAGAGGUGAUCCUGCCCAGCCUUACCGAUACAGACGACGGCGGCAGCACCAGCAAGAACGAAUCAGCCCCAGCGGUACCUGAAGAUUUGAUACCACCGUCGCCCGAAGCUGAAAACCCCGUCUCUGAACUGCGCAGACGACUUGUCGAGCCAGCCGUCGACGUACGCAACGAAGACGCCGAGACGGACAAGGCCAACACGCCGAGGAGCAUGAGGGCCCACCUCGCAAACGUCAUCUACCAGUAUUCCUUUGAUGCGACGUUCACCGACCGCUGCUCCUUCUUCGACGCGGAUGAGAGCCCAUCGCCUGGAUCCCACUUCCUCGGCUCCGCCACGCGACAUCGAUUGAUCAACAGCAGGGUCCAUUACACGCAUACCAGCGCCGCCGGUAGCUCCACGACGGCCUCCACGACGGCCUCCACGACGGCCUCCACGACGACCUGCACGACGACCUGCACGACGAACAAAACGGAACAGGCCUGA